CCCAUUAGUGGUCAUCAGAAGCUGUUGGUGGCCGUUGGUGGCCCUGCAGCCAUCUUGUGCCCCUGAAGGAGGAUGCAGCCCCAGCUGCCCACCUCCUCCGUGCUGCUGUUGUGGAUCCUGGCCAGCACCAUGCCCGCUGUGGUGGCACCAUGGAUGUCCGUGGAGGUCUUCGUUGAGUGCGGACGGCGGCCGCUCAUGGAUGGCAGCUCGGGAUCCAGGAUUGUGGGCGGCCACGACGUCCCAUUGGGAGCGUGCCCGUGGGCCGUCAGCCUCCAGGUUCACCUGGUGGGGGUGGAAUUUGCCCACGUGUGCGGCGGAGCUUUGGUCAGUGAGAACUCGGUGCUCACCGCCGGUCACUGCACGACGGGGCGGAUGGACCCGUAUUAUUGGAGAGCUGUGCUGGGCACAAAUAGCCUUUGGAAACACAGCAAACAUGCAGCAAAAAGAAGCAUCACCCACAUCUCCGUGCACCCCGAAUUCAACAGAGAGACGUUUGAAAACGACAUCGCGUUGUUUAAACUUCAUUCUGCUGUGCACUACAGCGAUUACAUCCAACCCAUCUGCUUACCCCCCGCACACCCUCAGCUGUACCCCAACAACGAGCCAAGGUGCUUUAUCAGCGGCUGGGGACGCAUAGCAGAAAAAGGCAAAACUUCGUCUGUGCUGCAAGAGGCUGAAGUAGAAAUCAUUCCUUCUCAUGUCUGUAACGGCUCUGAUGCAUAUGGAGGUCUGAUCAAUGCCAACAUGAUCUGUGCUGGCUCUCCAUCAGGAGGCAUUGAUUCGUGCCAGGGAGACAGUGGAGGGCCUUUGGCGUGCCACCACCCCACAGACAACAAAUACUACGUGAUGGGGAUCACCAGCUUCGGGCUCGGCUGCGGCCAUCCCAGAUUCCCCGGAAUCUACGUCCGAUUGGCUCCAUACAGAAGGUGGAUCAAAUCCCAACUUCUGCUGAGCAGCACAGCCACAGCUCCUGCCAGCACUGCCCUUCCCCUGACUGCCAUAGGGAUGGUGCUCCUGCACACUUCCUAAAGCAGCAUCAGCACAGCACAGCUCGGCUGGUCCAUUCAGCUCAUGUUCCACAACAGGUCUUGGAGCAAUAGGACAUAUUGUGUGCAUCCAAUCUGCAUGUGUAAACAAGACUUAAAAAAAAUCUGGAGUUGAGUCAUUUCUUGUAAAUGUAGGAACUACAGCAGGGUAAUAAAUAGUUCAUACGCACAUCCAGCAGUAUUUUUUAAGGAUGUGAGGUUUCAAACUGUGAUAACCUCCCAUCUUUUCUGAGGUUACAUGAAUUCAUUACAUUAAAACUCAUUAGUGUAUGUCACAAUGAUAACACAACGAUGAUAACGUGAUUAUCAAUUGUGUUUGUCAGAAGGAAGCAGUGAAUUAACAUCUCACCACUUUAUGCACUGUGUUCUACUUAAACUCACUUCAAGGAAUGCUGCAGUGUGUCUCACUGAACAUCUUGGCAUUCUUACAAUAAAGCACAAUUUCCUUGAGAUAAAUUGGUGGCUUUCUCUUGUGAAAAGCUUCUCCCAUGGACCUGCAUGGAGACUGUAAAUGUGAGAGUGUUAGCUUGGUGAGAGCAAUCCUAAAAGUGUGAAAUCUAACAUUAAAAACACCAGUGCUCCCAAAUGUGUGCAGUGUAUUACCAUCUUUUCUGCUUUCUGCUUUACUACCAACAGGAGAAGAAAUGGUAAUGACCUCGACCCUAAUAAUGAAAAUGAGUACAGGAACUGCACCAGCUGGAAAUGUUCUUCCCUACCCUACUUCUAUGCUUUUCCAGCUGUCAGAAACAGGGACUAUGGAAUCCCACCACGGCUCUGUGGAUGGCACAGAUGCUCCCUCUGCUGGGUGAACGUCAGCAGAACACACAAUGGUUUCAGUUACCAGAGGCUGAACUGAAACAAAUACCUGCAGAAAGACCAAAAGUGCUCUCCACUAAGGAUUGCACGACAGCGCAGCACUGCGAGUGCUGGGAGGACACACGUGGGAAGAGAUCUCUGGUGUUGCUCCAUCAUCACGCACUGCUUUCUGACCCCAUGCUACACAGGACAGACAUUCAGAGCUGCUGCAGUCCUGUGUUAAGUAAAAGCAAGUCGGACAAGAAAUAAGGAACAUCAGUUAUCUUUUGGCGACUUUAUUUACCAAGGUCAAAAUCUGCAACCAUCUAAUUGUUUUGACAAAUAUUUACAGUUCAUAUAAAGCACAUACGUUGGUUUGGAACAAAACAGCAGAGCAGUGUUUGGUACUACACUUCUCACUCUCAGGAUACGAAUUUUGUUCUCUCUCUUUGAAGUAAAUCCAAAAUCAGUACUUUGUGAUGAGUGAUUACUUAAAGAGCAAACCCAUGUUACUGGUGAAUACCUCCAUGAUGCAAAAUCCAGCUGCUCUUUCCAAAAGAGGAUAAGCACUGCCUAACGUUAUGCCUGGCAGCACUCUGUAUUUGCUCCACUCGCUGAAAUACAGAAAGAAUUGGCCACCAUUUUUUGUACAGUCUUAACAUGUGAUGACUUCUUUUAUUAUUAUGAUUCCGUAUUACAAAAGAAGGUAAAGGAACGACAGCACGCAGUGAGGAUGAGGAUACUGCACAGAGGAGCUGCCACACCAGUCCCAGCACUGCAGAUCAGUCCCUCUGAAGUGUACACACACUGAUGGCAGACAGUGACAGUCCAAUUUUGGAGGUGCCGAGCACUCUCCAGGAGCAAUUUACUCAUCUAAUGGCUUUCUCAGCAUUGCUCGUUAUGGCUGAUGUGCAACAAAAGCAUUCUUUUUGUGUCUGACAUGACUGAGAACACGAGUGUACGCUCCAGUCUGGCCUAAAGGAAAUGUGGAUGAUGGGCGCGUUCUAUUCAGAAAGUCUGGAACAAAAAUGUUUCUAUAGCCUGCUAACAGUGGGACUGUGGAGUGCAGUCUCUCUCACAGCACUUGCAAGAGCUCUGCUUGCUCAGAAACCCAUGAGUUCAAAAUGAAUAAAAUAAAAAGUGACCACAGGGAAAGCAGUACACACCCGGGGAAUGAGCACAUCUCCUAACUUCAUCCAGGUCCGAGCUAGCACAGCACACACACGUAGCUCUAACACCUUCUGCACAGCGUAGCCCAUAGUGCAAUUCCUGCUGACAGCUCUGGAAGCAGGAUUCAAUCCUAACUGUGGAGAAUAGUGCAUUUAUGCAUCAUGCAAGAAGCACUGCGCAUGCGUUUGUCUGUGUCACAGAAUGGC